CUGUGCAACGCAAACAUACCGUGGUCAGUCUAUAAAUACGCGCCGAGACAUAUAGUGCUAUAAGUACGCGGUACGGGCGUGAAGCUACUCUGAACACACAUUUUGAUUACCCAGAAGCAAUAGUUUUGCAUUAUUUGUCACAACCGCCAGCACACGUUGUUUAGUUACAGUGCUAUUUUUUUUGUUGUGAAAUUUAAAAUUAAGUUUAAAUCCUUUAAGAAAAUAUGGCGAAAAUGAAAACAAGCUCAAAUCCACAAACUGUUCGCUCUUAGUGUUUACGUAGUAUAUAGAAACCAGCGUAGUUAAGAAGAACGAUUGAUGUAAAAGUGUAGCGAAAUGCCACCGCCAAAGAAGCCACCGAUUCAUGUGCCAAAGAAAGCCAAUCCUAGUCUUGGCUACGAAGUGCUAAUCUAUUUGAAUUCCUUCUACUUUGGCAUGUUCGCCUGCUGUGAACUGAGUAUGGGUCUGCUGAAGGCCAUCAAUCUAUCAUAUCCGAAUAACGUUUUGGCACGAGAUUCGGCUGUUGUGAUUGGUUUCUGCAUUUUAGAGACGAUACGCAUCAUACUCGGACGCAAGGGCUCUUUAGCUGAUAAAAGCUGUCCAGUUAUUUUAUCUGUUUUUCUAACAAUCCCAUGCUUUUUCGGUGUCUCCUACAUAUUGCUUCUACAAGAAUACAAACUACGUCUGGAAUACGUACUCUGUACUUUACAAAUCGGAUUAUAUCUGACCGAAGUUUGGUAUGCAAUACUUUCAUUUUUUUCAUUAUGUCGUCCAGUAACUUUCGAAUAAGAUCGAUGAUAAAGAUGAACUUUUAAACUAUUAAUGUAACAAAAGCAGACAAUUAAGAAAACAAAAUGUGUAAAUUGUGAAGAAUUUUCAGUGGUAUUCAAGAACUUGUAACAUUAAAUUAAUAAAACAAAACACAAAUCAUAGCAAUAAAAUAUUUGAGAAACAAA